AUGCCUCCAGCAGAUAGCCCAUGGGGAAAGAAAGCACAGCAGAAAAAGCCUCUGACUACCUUUCCCGCAUUGAAAAUCAACGAUACUGCAAAUGAUUCGCCCAAAUCUCCCUACCAGGAGACUCAAGACGACGAGCUUAUUGCUCUCGCCUCAAUAUACGGUGAAGACUUUCGUCGUAUUGAGACACAUCAAUCCGCGUGGAAGGCAGUAACGUUGGGGGUCACCCUGACCCUCACAUACCCCAAAUCGGCGCCAUUGUUGACCUUGAAGAAUACCGAUGGUCUUCGGGAUUCUACCAAAUUCAAGCUUCAGAAAAUCAUUGAGACACUACCCAAGGAACUGGUCAAGGAAGAACAAGCCAUGAUCAUGGAAAUUGUCACUUCUUGUCAAGAAGUAUUAGAGCAAGCUGCCGAAGCAAAAGCUGCAGGAAGAGAACUACCCACCUUGCAAGAAGAGCGAGCAGCCCACGAAGCGGCUGCUGCACAAGUAAUAGAAGAUCAGCGUUUAGAGGAAGAGAGAAAAAAAAAGCUGGAGUCCCAGGAAGAAGAAAGAAUGCUUGGUUCUCUGGUGCAAGACGAGCUAAAGAGGCAGCGAGCUAAGGCGAAGGAGACGAAGCGGAAGAAUCAACCUCCUCCCUCAAUCACUGUCUCUAAUUCAGGAAUUGAAAAGAUGGCACACGAUCAUGAGGUGCUAGAUCGCCAAAUUUCGGUCCUUGAUGCUGAUGGGAACCCUAUGUACUUUCAGGCGGUGACCGGUAAAUCGUUCAUUCGUCAGGGACCUGUAUCUCGUUGCUAUACCGUAAGACCGGUAGUUAACUCCCAAGCCCCUUUAUUGGUUUUGAAGCAGACUGUGCUUGAUACAAACUUGAAUGACCGUAGUAUCAAGGGACAAUUACAAGCAAUGGAGAAUGAAUUAGAAAAGCUCAGGAGCAUUAGACACGGCAACAUCCUUAAUCUCCUAGAUUUUAAGGUAGAAAAAGAAGAAAACGAUUCUACCUGGACUGUCAGCACACUGUGCGAAUAUGCCGAGAAAGGUUCCUUGGAGGAAUUAUUAGAUAUCGUCGAGAAUAUGAGCGUUAACAAAGUUCGCUCAUGGACAAUAGAGUUACUGGAUGCUUUAAGAUUUCUCCACGAAGAAAACGGCAUAAUUCACGAGGAUAUACAUAGUGGAAAUAUUCUCCUUUUCCGGGAAUCAGAUGGAGUCGUUAGGCCAAAACUUGCUGAUGCUGGACAUCAGCGAACGCUGCACAUCCUCAGCGGCAAAAUCGCAAAAAGGAAGACGGAUAGUUUUGCCAUGGCAAAAUCCGCGUACUGGUUGCCACCAGAAAUUGCAAACUCGGAUGAUGGCCUACGAACUGCAAAGACCGACAUCUGGGAGUUCGGUAUUGUUUUCCUUCAGAUGGCUUUUGGAUUGAAUGUCACUCGAAAGUACUCAUCUCCAAAAGCUAUGCUAGACUCGUUGGACUUGUCCGAUGCCUUACAAGAUUUUAUGCUCAAGCUAUUCAACCCAGACCCGAAGAAACGUCCUCGAGCUUUCGCGCUCAGCUCUUGCAAAUUUCUUGUUACUGAUGCCACUAUUAUGGAAGAAGAUUCGUCUGCUGUAAUAUCGAGGCUUGGAUCCACCUCAUCGUUAGUGCCUAUCACACCACGUAGACCUAGGCAUGAUUCUAUGAGUCUUAGUGGACCCUUUUCAAGAUACGCUCAUGAUUUUGUUGAAGAAGGCCGCUUAGGGAAAGGAGGCUUUGGAGAGGUCGUGAAAGCAAGGCAAAAAUUAGAUGGACAGAUAUAUGCCAUCAAGAAGAUUACGCAAAAGUCAUCUGCUCAGUUAGAUGAUGUAUUAAAGGAGGCCCGUCUACUUUCUCAACUCAAUCAUCCUUCUGUCGUUCGCUAUUUUAGUACAUGGACAGAAGAGAUUCCUGAUUUUUCUGAGACGGAUGACGAUAAUACGACAACAGAUACCGCCACUGAAGAAUCCAUCAGCAGCCUUUCCCCUAAAGGAUCGGGACCUCAUAUUGAAUUUGGGACGAGUACAGGAGGUCUUGAUUUCAUGUCUACUAGCGGAUACCAAAUUGAAUUUGGUUAUGACGGAGCAACCGAAAGCGACGAUGAAGAUGAAGAGGUUGAUGACGAUGACGAUGACGAUGACGAUGACGAUGACGAUGAUGAAGAUGAUGAUGACUACGAAGAAUCCGCAGAGCCUAACGCCCAUGUUCGGAACCGAGGUCAUGGGCGUCUUGCUCUGGCAGAUAGGGGAAGUAGAUCUAGUCCGCGACCUCCGCGCCCAUUCAAAACAAUAUUAUACAUAUCCAUGGAAUACUGUGAGAAGCGAACACUUCGCGAUCUUAUUCAACGAGGACUCUAUAAAGAUAACGAGGAAAUAUGGCGUCUCUUCCGUCAAAUUCUUGAAGGUCUUGCCCAUAUUCACAGCUUAAAUUUUGUACAUCGCGAUCUGAAGCCAGAAAACAUUUUCAUUGAUGGUACCUCGAACGUCAAAAUAGGUGACCUCGGUUUGGCUACAAGGGGUCAAUAUUCUGCACUCGACAAAGUGCCAUCCUCUGCGAUGCACAACAGUGGGGACCUAACAAGAAGUGUUGGUACUUUCUCGUAUAUCGCACCCGAGAUUCGAUCAGCAGUCUCUGGGGGACCAUACACCGGCAAGGUCGAUAUGUACUCUCUUGGUGUGAUAUUUUUUGAGAUGUGCUAUACCUCACUUGUCGGUAUGGAGAGAGCACAAGUCAUUGAUGGCUUAAGGAAGAAGGAACCCGUGCUUCCAACCAGUUUCGACAAGGUCGGAAAAGCUGUUCAGGGGGACAUCAUCUUGUCUCUCCUUAACCACAAUCCAAAAGAACGACCUUCCAGCUCUGAACUGCUUCAAAGCCGAAAACUGCCAGUCCAAAUGGAAAGCGAAACGAUCCGACAAACUUUAGCUGGCUUGUCGGAUUCGAAAUCACCAUAUCAUCAAAAGAUGAUGAGUGCGCUCUUCUCUCGAACCACGAAACAAGCAAAGGAUUAUGCGUGGGAUAUGGGGGUUCCGUUUCCAAGUGGUAACGAUUUAUUGCUACAAGGACUCGUGAAGCAAAAGUUAAUCUCAAUUUUCCGCAACCAUGGGGCUGUGGAAACUCCUCGAUGUAUCUUGUUCCCAUCUUCAGAUCACUAUGGUGCAAAUGCUGUUCAAUUAUUGGAUAGAAGUGGCACCCUCCUUCAGCUUCCUUAUGACCUUACAGUCCCAAAUGCUCGCGCCAUUGCGAAGCACCAACCGCCGGUUGAGAGAUCAUUCGCUUUUGGUACCGUGUUUCGCGACAAACAAGAUGGCGCGGCCCCACAAACAUUCGGCGAAGUGGAUUUUGACAUUGCCACUUCAGAUAGCUUAGAUCUAGCAUUAAAGGAGGCUGAGGUUAUAAAAGUUCUAGAUGAGAUCGUUGCAAACUUUCCGUCCUUACCUUCGUCACAAAUGUGUUUUCAUAUAAAUCAUGCAGAUUUACUUGAUUUAAUAUUCGAUUUCUGUCGUAUUGAACCCAGUAUACGCCAAGCUGCUGCAGAUACACUCAGUAAGCUCAAUGUACAGCAAUGGACGUGGCAGAAGAUACGAGCAGAACUUCGAUCACCAUUAGUUGGGGUAUCCGCCACUAGUGUUGAGGACCUCCAGCAUUUCGAUUUUAGAGACACUCCUGCCAAGGCUUUUCAAAAGCUGAAAGUAAUUUUCGAAGGUACUGAAAUGUUCGAGAAGGCUUCUUCUUCUAUUGCGCAUCUACGUGAUGUGAUUGAAUAUACAAAACGUUUUGAGGUUCAGAGAAAGAUAUAUGUUAAUCCUCUAGGAAGUUUGAAAGAAAGGUUUUAUAAGGGUGGGGUACUUUUCUCUUGUCUAUACGAUAGAAAGAUCAGAGAUGUGUUCGCAGCGGGGGGUCGAUAUGAUUCUUUGAUUAGAGACAAUCGACACCACAAGAACAUUGGCGAGGAACGUCAUGCUGUGGGCUUCAAUCUAGCAUGGGAGAAAAUGGCUCGGCUUCCAAAGUCAAAUUCGAAGAGCUUAUUAAGGAAAUCUGACGAGGAGGUACAUGGUAUUUGGAGCACAAAGCGAUGCGAUGUACUCGUCGCAAGUCAUGAUGCAGCGAUACUAAGAUCAACUGGAGUUGAACUUGUAUCAAACUUGUGGUCGCAUGAUAUAAGUGCCGAGCUAGCACGAGACUCACGAUCUCCUGAAGAUCUUCUCUCCAAAUACCGAGAUGAUAGUUAUUCUUGGAUCAUUAUCAUAAAGCAAGAUUCCGUGGUAAGAUGUAAAACUACCGGUCGGAAAGACAUUUCCGAUGCCGAUAUCCCUUCUACACAGCUAGUUUCGUGGCUUCGGGGUGAAAUGCGCGAAAGAGAUCAGAGAGAAGGAACCUAUAAUCGAGCGAAAAUAUCUCGUCAACAUAGUCAACCAGACACUGGACCGAGUGAUCAUGAACAGGAGGUACGGGUUUUGGUCGCUGGUACGAAGAGCAAGAAAUCGAAUAGAAGAAAUAUUGUAGAGCAAGCUCAAGGCAGAGCGGCAACUCUCGUUCAAUCAUUCUUAGACGGCCCUAUUGCCGCCAUCGAAACAACAGACCACGUAAUGGAAUUAAUUCACGAGACCAAACUCUCGGAUCCUGAAUCAUGGCGCAAAUUGACACAUUCGGUCCCCACGCCCGAACGUCGCUACAUAGGUGACAUCCAUGAUAUGAUGAGUGGUCUGGCACUUCAAAAUAAAGACAUUACGAGAAAUGCAUUUGUUUAUAAUUUUAGAACGGGAAUGUGUAUUUAUUAUGAUUUGGGCGCUUAG